CAGCUAAAUUAAUUUGUUUUGUUUAGGUUUUUUUGCAAUCGCGGAAGUGGCGGUGUCAUUCUAAACUAUUUUGUUUACGAGUCAAUCGUGUUUUUGUAUCAUUUAAACCUACCCACUUCAUCAGUACCCUGACAAUGGAAGACGACGCACCCGUUAUUUAUGGCCUAGAAUUCCAGGCACGAUCACUGACUGCGCAGACAGCUGAAACGGAUGCUAUUCGUUUCCUCGUGGGCACGCAAUCUCUGAAAUUUGACAACCAGAUCCACAUCAUUGACUUUGACGAUGAGAAUAACAUCAUUAAUAAGAAUGUCCUUCUACACCAAGCUGGAGAGAUAUGCAAUAUUGGUGCCAGUCCUGCAGACAAAGAAGUACUUACCACCUGCUACAACAAAACCAGUGACAGCCGAGUGGUGUCCUGUGCAGCAGUAUGGCGGAUGCCUACCAAUUGGGAAACGGGAAGCCAUGAAUCUCCUGACGACUCAGCCCACAACCCCCAAACCCUGGAACUGCUUUGUCACUUAGAUGACAGUGCCCACGGCAAUGCAGCCUGCGUACUGUGGGAGCCUAUGGGAGAUGGCAAGCGUGUGAUUUCGUUGGCUGAUAACCAUGUACUUCUCUGGGAUCUGCAGGAGAGCUCCACACAGGCCACAAUCUCCAGCACUGCCAUGCUUGAGGGAAAAGGACAGCUGAAGUUCACCUCUGGCAAGUGGAGCCCUCACCAUAACUGCAGCCAACUUGCUACUGCUAGUGACACAGCCAUAAGAGGCUGGGAUCUUCGUACCAUGAAUCAGAUUUACUGCAUCGAUAACGCUCAUGGCCAGCUCGUGCGCGACCUUGACUUCAACCCAAACAGGCAGUAUUACUUGGCCAGCUGCGGAGACGACUGCAAGGUUAAAUUCUGGGAUGUUCGCAACAUCCAGGAACCCAUCAAAACUCUGGAGGAGCACUCACACUGGGUUUGGAGCGUCCGAUAUAACCAUAGCCACGACCAGCUGGUCUUGACAGCCAGCAGUGACAGCCGCCUCAUCCUCUCCAACAUGGUUUCGAUCUCCUCUGAGCCAUUUGGCCAUUUGGUGGAUGAUGAGGAUCUCAGCGACGGGGAGGACAACCCCCAGGAGGAUAAAUGCAAGGAGCCUCUGAAGGACAGUGUGGUGUCCACUUACGAGGAGCAUGAAGACAGCGUAUAUGCGGCUGAGUGGUCGUCGGCCGAUCCGUGGCUCUUCGCCUCGCUCAGCUAUGAUGGCCGUCUAGUCAUUAACAGGGUCCCCCGUACUCUCAAAUACCAGAUCCUAUUGUAGGUGAACAGGCUGAAUGUGAGACAAAGAGGGCAUGGUUAAAAUUGCUGUCAAAGACAAACUACAGUACAUAAUAUUCUUCCAAAAACUGUAAUUAAUGUAAAUACAUUCUGCAACUUAACAAUCUAAAUUACCGGUAAACAUUUCCUGGUUUAGAGUUUUCUUUUCUCUCCUAAACCCAUUGUUUCUUCAAUGCUAUUUUUUCAUGUCAAAGCAACGGCACAAUCAUUUCCAAAAUGAAUCGUAUUAAAUUGCCAUUAAAUCACUCCACAUAACAGUGUUGAUACUCUUAUCUUCAGUAAUCAUACAAAGUUCUUCUUCGCGGAAAGUUCUUCUGUCAGUUCGCACUUCACGUUCUAUUUGGAUAUUGUGGAAGACUUAAUUCACUGCAGUAGCUCAAUUCCCCGCCCACCUCCCCCACAAAAAAUGAGGGGGUCUAUGAGGUCCUCCAAGAAACAUGCCUCCUCAGUCCUUCAUUCAUCCACCGCCAAAGCGGUCAUAUUUGUGGAUGCUGCACGCAGCAGAAAUAUCUCCGGGACGUUUCAACCAACUGCUACCCAUGAAUAGCCCAGAGCACCAGUUGCAAAUUUGCCAUUUGUGGUGUUCUCUGGAAAAUGCCACUCUGACUGCACCAUAUUGAGCUGUGAGUCGCGCCCUCGUAACGCUCUCACGUACGGAGUACGUAUCUGACAGUUUGAGUAGAAACAUGCACAUUAGUGGCUCACUGGAUGUCAUUUUGUAAGGUUGCGGCAGUGCUCAUCCUGUUCCUCCUCCCACAAAGGGACAGAGAGCAGCCCUGCUGGUGGGUUGUUGUCCUGGGGCCCCCCGCUACGUCUCCUGAUAUCUCCUCCAUGGAUACAGUGCCGGGAGACAUAACAAUCCUUGUUGAGAUGCACCACCUGAGAAGCUUCUGUGGUUGUAGACACCACUGCCAAAAUGCAAAAGAAGCCAGUAAGCAGUAAGGAUUCGGACAUGGAAAUGGUCUGUGGCCUCCAAUUGGAGACCAAUCCAGACCAGGGAUAGGCAACAUGCGGCACAUGGGCUCCUUUACAAAAUAAAGUCAACUGCCCAAUACUGUACUGCAUCGUACAGGUGAGUUAUUGAAUGACAUGCAGUCCAAAACAUUUUAAUAUAGUAAAAUCUUUGUGUGAGUUGAUUUAUGUUUAAAAAAAAUCCACAAAAUGUGUUCUUGCACUUAAUGUUUUCAUGUUUAGCAGUUUUGUGCAAUUUUUGAAUGGGAGUUUUUAUCCACAAGGGAUAAAAUCACAGGGGGGAAAAAUCCGCUGUAUGUGGAUUUGCUUGUUGUUGAACAGCCCUUAUUUUAUGUGUGACAUAUUUCAAAAUAGAGACUUGAUUUGCAUAUCGGUAGGUCAAAUUAAACUUUUUAAAAAAUGUUAAAAACAUGCACAUAUUUCAUCCCUCUUAAAAAUGAAAUACCUGGUUAAGAAGUAUGGAGUCGUAUAUGGCCCACUGAUAGUGCUGAUGAAAGAUUGUGGCCCUCUCCAUCAUUUAAGUUGCCCAUCCCUGGUCCAAACCUUGUGUACUGUGGCUGAUGUCAUCGACAGGCCAAUUUAUCGGAGCUUAACUUUGCAGUCACACUUAUUGCAUUUAUUAUUGCUGUACUUCGGUGCUCUGAGCAGUAUUCAUUUUAACUGUCUUACAGUUUAGAAACAGUGACUCCCAAGUCCGGGCUGCAGUGUGUAUUGACAUUUGUGACAUCAGCGCCCCAUUCCUUGUUGCUAUUGAAGCAUAUUCCACCACCGUUUUUAUUUCCAUGAUAGUUCCGUGUCGCGGUCCGCUCGGUGUAAACGGAAGCCAUGGACGUGAAGCCUGGUGUCCGGGUACUGGUAGCUGAGCCAGGUUUUGGUUAAGCAGAACACGCCAGAAUGUGCAAGGCUUUGUUGUUCCUUGUGAGAAGUUCAUCCAUCUUGUUUCGCGUAGCACAUAGAUUCGUAAAAUGGAUUGAUGGGAGCGAGGUUCGAAAUCCACGUUGACGUAGCUAGGCGAGCAUGCUCGCUUCCCCUUCUUCCGGCUGCGUUUCCAUGCUCCGUACAGAGCAGUCGCCCCGCCAGCUAUUAACUCUGAAACUACCUAGCUGGAAACUAUCGAGGCACACACCUUCUUCAAAUGAUCCCCGUUGCUGGAAAUGCUCCUCCAGGGUGCGUCAUGAAUGCUGUGUGCCAAGUGCUUCGAUGUUGCGCCUGUAAUUUGUUAAAUGUCAAAAGUCCAUUUGUGUGUGUGUGUGUGUGUGUGUGUGUGUGUGUGUGUGUGUGCGUGUGUGUGUGUGUGUGUGUGUGUGUGUGUGUGUGUGUGUGUGUGUGUGUGCGUCUGUGCACCUUCAUGGUUGUACAGAUCUGGUCAUUUUACUGCUCCACAAAGCUCUAUGUUGACCUGUCUAGUUGCUAAUUGUGGGGUUUUAGCUUUAAGAGGGGGCAAAGCCACUUGAAAUUACUCUGACGCCAUAAUUGUUUUAAAUUGUCAUCUAUUUCUGAAUCCACAGUGUUUGUGAGGAAAGAACCAGUUAUAGGAAAAAAAGCUCAGAUCCAGCAGGAUUUUUAACAACUUUUUGGCCCAGUCUAUCAAAAUGGAAGGAGAACAGGGAAUUAUUCCAGCGCACAAAAAGAAGUAUGUGAUUAUUCGCAUCCAUCCACUUUUUAUACAGCUUGAUUUGGCAUGAGACUCUGUUUUGUUUUCGUGUUUUAUGGUGUCUGCUGUAUUUGUGUUAUUAAUUUAUUGUUUUUAUUUCUCUUAUCGCUUGGGUGAAGUGAUAUUUCUUUGCCUUUAAUGGCCCACAUCUACGGUCAAACACAUGAGACACGGCAUCAACACGCCAGUUUCGAUAAAGGCAUUUUCUGAGUAGGACCCACAACGACCCUUCACCUUCACCUGCCUGCGUGGGUUUCUAAGUACCUCCUAAAACUGUUAACAGGACUUCUUGGAUAUGUCCAACACAAAUUUAACAACAUGUAAUAAUUGAACAAAUGAAAAUAAAUGAAAUUUUAAGUGUGCUUGGGUGGUCUUUUAAAAAUAGGCAAAAGAUACUGUGAUGGGAAAGUACUUGUCAGGCACUUUGUAUGCAACAGUGGUUGUUUUAAAGUGCUCUAUUAAUAAAGUCGAGUUGAGUCAA